UGUAGGGCUAGGGUUUAUACUCCUCUCCGCUUCUGAUUCCAAUUUCCUUGCUUCUUGGCUGCAAUGGCGAAUCGCACGGACCCGUCGGCGAAGAACAUAAGGGGGACGAACCCCCAGAACCUGAUCGAGAAGAUUGUGCGGACCAAGAUCUACAACAACACCUAUUGGAAGGAGCAGUGCUUCGGAUUGACGGCCGAGACGCUCGUGGACAAGGCCAUGGAGCUCGACCACAUCGGCGGGACGUUCGGAGGUAACCGGAAGCCGACGCCGUUCAUGUGCCUUGUGAUGAAGAUGCUUCAGAUCCAACCCGAGAAGGAAAUCGUCAUCGAGUUCAUCAAGAACGACGAUUACAAAUAUGUUCGGGUGCUUGGUGCAUUUUACUUGCGGAUUACGGGCAGCGAUACUGACGUUUACCAGUACCUAGAGCCUUUGUACAAUGACUAUCGGAAGUUGAGAAGUAAAUUGGCUGAUGGACGGUUUUCAUUGACUCAUGUGGAUGAGCUUAUUGAUGAACUUUUAACAACAGACUACUCAUGUGACAUUGCCAUGCCACGAAUCAAGAAAAGAUGGACUCUUGAAACACUUGGAUUGUUGGAACCUAGAAAAAGUGCUUUGGAGGAGGACUUUGAGGAGGAGGAAGAGAAAGAGGAGAACGAUCAGCUCAAUGGAAUGGAAGAUGAAGUCCAUGAUAAAGAGUAUUACCGUGGCCGAAGUCCUGAGAGGGAAAGAGACAGGGAUAGAAGACGUGACAGGGACCGAUACAGGGAUCGCGAUUAUGACAGAGAAUAUGAUAGGGAUAGAGACUAUGACAGAGAUCGGGGACGUGGGAGAGAAAGAGAUAGGAACAGAGACAAGGAUAGGGACCGAUAUAGACUGAGAGAUGAAAAGGACUAUGCACGUGACCGGGAUCGGGAUCGGGAUAGGGAGUGGGAUGGUAGGGAGCGUGAGAGGCGAGAUAGGGAUCGUGGAAGGAGGAGGAGCCAUUCAAGGAGCCGAAGCAGGAGUCCCUACUCCAAGGAUCGUGAGGGUGGGGAUCACCGCAAGAGACAUGCCCGCAGCAUCAGUCCAAGGAGGCGGGAUGGGCCUGAUGAUGGCAAUCGUGAGGAGCCAAAGAAGAAGAAAGAGAAGAAGGAGAGGAAGGCUGAUGGCACAGACCAUCCUGAUCCUGAGAUUGCUGAAGCCAACAGGGUCCGAGCAUCUCUUGGUUUGAAGCCCCUCAAUGUGUGACAGUGCUUAUUGAUGACUGGUCCAUGUUAAAAUGUAUGCAUCUGAGCUGUCUUUGGAUUUGUGGCUGUUCCAAACCAGUGUUUUCCGUGUCUGAUGUACAUCAUUAUUAGUGGUCCACAAGCUUCCUUGAUAUAACUUGACGAUUAUGCAUGCUUGUCUAUGAUAUCAUAAUCUUGUGCCUUGCUAGUUGCUA